UCUUGCUCUUCAUAUACAAAAACCAGCUGCACAGAAACAAUCAGAUCAAGACUUAGAAGGAGGAGACAAAGAUGGGAAACUGUAUGAGGCAUGAAUCGUCGAUGACGUGGGCCGGCGAGGAUUGGGGCUCUCCGGCGUCCGACGGAAUGUUUGUAAAUGAUUCUCCAUAUGGAGUCUUAUCUGACAAAUCGAGGAGGACGUCGGACACGGAGAAGGAGAGUCUAUUGGGAGAAAAGAUAGGCAACGUUAAUACUUCCACGGAGGUAAAGAUCAAGAUCAGCAAGAAACAAUUGGAAGAAUUGCUUGGGAGAGUGGAUGUACGGGGGCUGUCGGUAGAGCAAAUCUUAGGUCUGUUACAGAAAGUUAGCGAUCACUAUCAAACAACGACACAGCAUCGGAGUUGGAGACCUGCCCUACAAAGUAUUCCGGAGUCCGUGACUGAGCAAAAUUGAGUUGCAUUCCAAAAUUCAAAGGAGAUGAUUGACGACGAUAACCGGAGGAAA